AUGUAUAUAUUGUUUGGGUGGAUUUUGAUGGUGAUAGCGAGGAUUUUGGAAGGUGAGUCAGGGUGUGCUUUUUAGAUCUAGGAUUUUCAAAAGGUCAAGUGAGUUAGGAUAAGUUUUGAGAAUUUUCUAGAUUCUGAGAUUUUCAGGAUUCAAAGGUCUUUGAGAACUUACUGAUUUUCAGAAAUGGGGUUUGAAUCAAAAAUUUCGAAUUUGAACUUCAAAAAAUAUUUCUUGUAGAUUUGGGCGUCCUAAUUCAGGCAUCAGAUUUGUAUAUUUGAGUUAAGAUUUCUUCAGAUUUGUAGAGUGGGCUUCAAGGAUUUUAGGAAAUUCUGAAAUUUUCAGAGCAUUUCAGAAUGGGUUUCCCUGUAAUUAUAGAACUUUGCCUAAAUAUUGGCUUGUGAGAUUUUAGGCUCAUACUUUUUUAAAAAUUAAGAUCGGCCUUCAGAUUGCUAAAAUCUAAGCUUAAACUUCAAGCUUUUGCUUUUUUUAUUUUUUCAGAAAAUCUCCAGUUACAAAUUUAUUAGUUACCCAAACAGCUGUCCAAAAACUCCCAUAAAUCUCAAUUAACAAGCUUUUUUUAGCUAAAAAUAGUUACAAAUUUUUUUGCAGCCAAAGAAAAACCAGAGCAAUAUCGAAUUUAUGAGAAAAUCAUCGAAAACUAUAAAUCUGGUGUGAUUCCCAAGCAAAAAUCCGCAAUCAUGGUCAAUUUUUCGAUGGAACUUUAUCAGAUCAUCGAGGUCAACGAGCCGCAACAAUCGAUUCGGAUAAAUGCAUGGGUUUCGGAGGUAGAUCAAAAGUUUUCUGAUCAAAAAUAUAAUAUUUUUUUGUUUGUAGAAGUGGCUAGAUGGUAUGCUUGGUUGGGAAGCUAAGGAAUAUUCAAAUGUCAGUCAAUUGAUUUUGCCACAUUCAAAGAUCUGGAUUCCGGAUACUACGCUAUAUAAUUCGUGAGUUGUGAAAAUUUUUUGAGCUUGGAGGAAAAGAGUGAAGUUGAAACUUUGGGGGGAGGUAGAACGGAAAUUGCACUUUUCAAGUGACCUAUGACGUGGAAAAAAAGUUCAAUGAAAAAAACUUUUGAGCAUUUGAGUUUAAAGAUCAGAUCUAGCUCAUCUAACUAACUUCCAGCCUUGAAAUGUCCGAAUCAAACAUCGAGCGAGAUCUCCAUGUUCAAUUAACUACAGGCGGCAAAAACUAUGGUUCCAACAUCAAGCUCCUAUACCCGAAGAUAUUUAUCAGUAGUUGCCUUCUGAAUCUUCGCUACUUCCCAUUUGACAUUCAAACUUGUACCUUGACCUUCGGAUCGUGGUCCUUCGACAACACCUUGAUCGAUUACAAUGGUGUCGAUAUCGAAAAAGCGAUUGGUGUCUCGAAUUGUCUGGAAAAUGAUGGCUGGAAUUUGCUGAAAACCAUCGGACGAAGACAUGUCAGAAAAUAUGAUUGCUGUCCGAAUAAUUACACGUUAUUGGAGUUUGAUUUUGUGUUGGCUAGAAAACCGCUCUAUUAUAUUGUUAAUCUGAUAUUUCCAACUGGCAUCAUCACUUUUAUUUCGAUUUUGGGAUUUUUUACGUCUUCUUCGAUUAAUGAUUUGCGGCAAGAGAAGAUCAGUUUGGGUAUAACUACGUUGUUAUCAAUGUCGAUUUUAGUGUUUAUGGUUUCUGAUCAAAUGCCAUCUACUUCUUCAUUUGUGCCAUUGAUAGGUAGGCUAAACAUUCUCAAAGCGAAAAAAAAAAUUUUUUUUUCGUUUUCGCGUGGAACGGUUGAGAACAGCCACAAUUUCACGUUAGAGAAAACGAGAGAGAAGAGACGCGAGACGAAAAAGGGAUAUGAACAGGCUCCGCCCACUUUUUUUGACCCAAGUCAUAAAUUUUCUUGCAGGUUGGUUCUACACCUCAAUGAUCGCCCUGAUCUCCCUGGGCACAUUAUGCGCCUCAAUCGUAAUCUUCAUUCAAAAACAAGGAAUCCUCGGAAACUCCCCGUCACAAAAAUAUCUAAAGAUCACGCGAACCUUCGCUUCAACAGUUUAUAUGGAAAUGCCUCUUGUAAUGAAGCAGGCGUAUUGGAAGAAGGAGAAGGAUGAGAAAAUGCGACGAGGUUCGCCUGGUCAGCGAAGGAAAUCACUUUGGCAAAAAGCCUAUGGUCUGGGCUUGAAAUCGCUGAAAAUCAAUCAGGAGCAAGAUUCACCGCAGAAUGGAAUUCACCGAACAUCGCCAAGCAAACCACAUUCUGUUCCGAUUCUAGCGAAUCUCGACGAGUUCGAUGAUCCAAUGACGUGCAGCACGUUAACCGAAGAUAUGUGCUAUAAACCGAUCGAGGUGAACGUCACACCGUGCUACACACGCAAUUUAGCGCAACUUGAAUGGGAUUGGAUUGCGGCGGUGGUCGAGCGAGUUUGCCUACUUGUAUUUAUCAUUUUGUUUAUGCUAUGUUCAUUGGGUAUUAAUUUUAUUGGGUAUUAUCAUUGGAAACUUGCCAAAAUGUCGGAUUUGCAUCCGUUGGUUUAG